CCCAGAUCUUAGUUGAUACUCGGAGACAACUCGCUAAGUAAUUUGUGCGACCAGUAUCUCCCCUCCCCAAUCACAACUUCUAGACAGUACCCUCAGCAAGCGCUUGGAGAUCCAUCCGCACCCCGUCUAUUCAAGCCCCCGAUUACUGCCAUGGCAUUAGAAGAGGCCAUUCAAAGAGGCAGCCAACUUCUUGCGAACUUCUUUCGUUUUCAAAGUGAUAAUGACUGGAUUAAGCAACAUUUGGGCAUUUCCCGGUCCAUCGUCCACAGCGUUCUCUGUGAGGCUGGGGAUCCGAACAUAAAGGAACGCCUUAGAGACGAAUUGGAAUUCGAUACUUAUAUCAAGAGCGGCGGGGGGCAGCCUGAGCGAGAACUUGUCAAGUUGCUGAAAAAUAUGACAGACAACCAGGUGCCCUGGAGCGAUUUAUUUAAAAAUGAAGCGUUUCUCAAACCUAAACCAGAGAUUACCGAAACGGAUAUAACUCUUCCUACCAUACUCGCAUGGAAUAGUACAUUUCAAGGCGGCAUCGCAAAUGUACUUCUUGAAUCUAUCGCGGACUACCUUUCCAAGGACAGAACUUCCUACGUGAGGCUAACAAGCAUCGUAAAUUCAUCUGGGACCGGCAAGUCGCGCAUGGUGGAUCAACUUGGCAAGGAAAUUAUAACGGUGCCGAUGUGUUUACGUCCGGGAUACGAAGGGUUCCCUCCUCCUGAUAGGAUACUGCGUGAUUGGCUCAUUCUUAGGACAGGUGAUUGGACGACUAUUCAGAAGAGGCUAUAUGGAUUCGCAUAUUCUCUCUUAGUAGUCACUCUCAGAAAACUGGAGACCAUCGUGUCAGAGAGACAAGACAUACCCAAGUUACCACCUCUCGAUGAGGCAUCCGCUAAAAAAUUGUCAAAGGAAAAGUCGAAGGACUAUGUAUCCUUGGUCAUAGAUCGCCAUAGGAGGUUGGCAUCUGCCUUUCGUGAGUAUAUGACCACAGGACAAUCAUAUCACGCUUCGAAUCCCGAUCGAAAAACGUUCUACCAUGAGGUAAUCAAGUUGGCCGAGAAGUUUGAGAAAAUUAGCGACGAAAAUGAAGCUGAACAUGUUCUAGGAGGCAGCAGCCUACGAGAAUUAGGCGAAAAGCUCUGUCGCUUUAUAGAUGAGCAUAAGGUUUUGGAAUCGGACAAAGGCCCACAACGGCCCCUGGUCGUCCUCGCUUUUGACGAGGCUCAUGUCCUUUCCGAUAACCCGCCAGAGCAAAUAUACUGGAAUCUGUUCUCGGAGUUGCGUCGAAUUCUACGACAAAUCGAAGAUCUCCCAAUUUUUUCACUGUUUCUUUCGACAGCGGGACGCUUAAAUCAUCCUCCCCCAGGAUCCAACGAACGUCCCCUGAAUCCGAUUACGGAAAUCAGUUUCGAUGAUAUUUCGUACCCGGCAUUGAAGAAUACUGUCACGAUAAACAGAGUGGUAGAAACUAGUUGGAUUUCCCAUCUUGGUCGCCCAUUAUUUGGGUCAUAUUGGGACCAGCUGCCACAGUGGCGCAAACAUGAGAUAGUGGUUAUGGACUAUGCGAAGCAGAAGCUCCUGAAUGGUCCAAGUGAGCUGAGAGACAAUCCGGCUGGUGCCCUGGCCUGUCUCUCAAUACGCUUCGCGCUGGAGUUCAACAUGGACGCUUUAGCUCGCGAUGUGAUUUAUGCACAGGUUGAACGGCAUAUGCGACUCUGCAUCGGAGCGACUGCCGGAUUCGAGAGUAUGAUUACCAUUCCUGGGUCCGAACCACUUCUGGCGGAGGCUGCCUAUGAACUCUUGAAGGGGACGGGGAGGAACGCGGUGCGCCAUCUGGCCAACCACUCGGAUCUGGACUGCCUCAGCCGUGGGCUGCGUGGGGAACUGGUUGCGAUCCUGCUGAUCAUGCAAACAUACGAUGCAGCACGGGAAAUUAGUCGUAGAAGAUGGGUAUCCGUGUUCAACUUUAUGGAAGCCUUACUUCCGACGUUGCACUAUGAGACGCUUCUCCAAUCUGAGCCAACAUCUUGGCCUAUGGGGGAUGGGACCACGAAACAUGACAACACAUUUAAGGCUUUGUUCAAGGACUAUGGGAUGUGGUUUAACCAUGUCAUCAAGAUCGAGAGCCAGGCGAUGAUCUCGGUCAGCCAUCUUUGGAAGUUCGUUACGCGUGGGGCGAUGAUAUUGUGUGCGACUAAUCAAGAGGGCAUUGACAUUAUUUUACCCGUUUGUCACACGACACAGAAUCUUGGCCCUGAUUCUGUGACGGCCAUAGUGAUCCAGGUGAAGAAUACGCAGGAUUACAAGACGACACUCAACCCGUGGUUGUUUGACACGAUGGAUGAUAUCAUCAAAUCGGUCCUAUUCUCCACUGACACCUCCACUGACUCGGAGUCUGACUCCGAGUCCGAGUCAACUACUGAGACUCCGGAGGAGCUGGCAGAGCCCAAGAAAAAGAAAAAGAAGUUAAACCCGAGGGUGGAGGUAAUUCCAGUGCCAGAAAAGGUGGAGCCGAAGCCGGUCAUCCGAGUAGUGUUUGCCUUGGCUUCUCCAGAGCCUGCCACAAUCCUCAGGGAACGGCCCGAAGCCGUGGACGAUUUCGACGGGUUUUCUACCUUCGAUAUCUGGCUUGCAGGCCUCUCGUGCGAAACGUUCGAGCAGAUCCAAGAAGCGGAUUUGCAAUCAUACAAAACACUUCUGAAGCGUUCACUUACGUCUCACGACGCAUUCGAAUUUACGCAUGAUCCAAAUAUAGGCGAGGAGGCGAGAAGAGUGAGAGGGUCUUGCGCGCGGAGGAUGGCACCAUUGAACCUCUCAGAGCAUAGUCAUCACGGUAUUCACCUCCUGGACCCGGAAGAUCCAGGAGAAGGGUCCGGAAUCGACCCAGCGUUCCCAAUUGAUUAAUUUUUUUUUUGAUAGUAACUACUGCAUACAAUGCCGAGUUUUUAGGGAUUCCACGAUUACGAUGUUCUCGUGUAUUCCUAUAUACUGAACCUUGAAUGUGCAUAG